CAGAAGAUUCACACGAGCGGGGGAAAAGGGCGGCGGCAAGCGGAAAGCGACGAUGGCAGGCGCCUGUUUGGUUUUUGCCUGCUUACUGCUCACCUUGAGGGCGGUCUUCUCCGACGUCGAUCUACCGCCGCACGAGGAGGAGCUCAAUGAAACGGUCAUCUGCACCAAUGACCACAUGGAGGUGGUCAUCCCCGGCGCCUUCUUCCUGCGCAAGGAUCCUCCAGUCUACGUUUGGGAUUUGCAUCUAAAUGACCCCGAAUGCCAAGGGGUGGAGGUGGGCGACGACUACGUCUUCAGCAUAAAGACCAAUCUGUCUGACUGUGGGACUGUCGUGACUUCCGACGACACGCACAUCAUGUUCGUCAACACCAUACGCAACAACGACACGGACGUGAUCACCAGGAACUACAUCAACAUCACCUUCGUGUGCCGCUACCCCAUCAACUACAUGGUCCAGCAGCCUGGCAGGGAAAACAUGAUCCGGGUGGAUGUCAGGACCAUCACGCUGAACACAGAGGACGGCAACUUCUCCGUGUCCAUGCUGCUGUUCAAAGACGAGGCCUUCCUGGACAAAUGGACCACGGUGCCCUCGCUCACCCUGGACGAUGACAUCUUUGUCAAAGUUUUCAUGAUUCCAGCUCACCUGAUGCUGCGCAUAGAGCGAUGCUGGGCCACGCCCACCAGUGACCCGUACAGCAACAUUCAGUACACCUUCAUCAGAGACAGCUGCCCAGUGUUGACAAACCAGCGGACCCUUAGCGUGCUGAAGAACGGCCAGGGUCCGGAGGCCAUGUUCAGGAUCCAAAUGUUCAAGUUUGUGGGCGGCUCUUACACCAACGUCUUCCUCCACUGCAACGUCCAGAUCUGCCACAGCGGCGCCGGCUUGUGCCAGCCCACGCAGGGCGAGUCCCUCCGGUGGAGACUUUUGUCCUCGGGGGGCUGCUGGCGGUCCUGCUGGUGGUCACGGGGGUGUUUGGGAGGCUGUGGAGUCGUUCCAGACGUUUCUACCCGGCGCGGGAGGUGCAGCUCACCCUGUCCAACAUUCACCACAUCUCGGAGGUGUCCUCCUGAUACAAGGACGAUCCAUGUUGGAAAUGGUCUCGGUUUGACUUCAAUAAAAAGUUCCAUGACAUUAUUACACACAUUGUUGUCUGUGAUUGAUAGUCAAGUGACGCAUUGGUAUCUCAUUGUGCUGCUACCGCUGCAUUCUGCUCACUGGUCAGCGGUUCGUCUAACAGUACGACAAUAACCCAAAACAUAAAUGCCAGAAGUUCCUCUUCUGUCCAGAUCAUCCCAAACUGAUGGGUUUCAGUCUGGAGAAAACAUGUUUUCAGUCUUAUUGUAGCUUGGAUUGAUUUAUUGAGUCAUAAUUUUGCUGUACUGCAACG